CGCUCAAGUCCUCCCUGCUUUGCGUAACAUUGGUCUUCUCUCGCACACUAUCACGCGACAUCCCCGAAUGCGCCAACAUCCUCACAGCCAUUUGCCUAUUCUCCUUGCACACAAGCCGCAUACAUCGUUACAGAAAAGCAUGCGUUCAUGCAUGACCCUCGCUAGCCUCGCAUAAGUACACUUCCGAUCGACUAUGAACUUCAACCGGCCCAAGACGGGCACCGCACCCACGGUUCGAAAGACAAUCGUUCGCAAGCCCAUCACACAGACUGUCAGGCCUGUCCAAACAAGCAGCAGCAGCGGACAACCGGCACCAGUACGGGUGCACGACCCUAAUCGAUUCAAACCAACAAACACACCCGUCGUCAGAGCAAAGCCUGCGAACCCCGCGAAACGAGCUGUUGCACACUCGAGAGGAGUGAAGAGGAAGAGCGCUACUCCCGAUCGAGUUGUCUGGAGCGACGAUGACGACGAUAGCAGCGACGGCAGCGAUUCCGACGUCUCGAGGAAGAGGAUAAAGAGCAGUGUCAGCUCAUUAGACAGCCACGGGCCUAGAAGACCGCUGCUCUCGGAGCAAUCGUUCAAGGAAGGAGCAACACUGUCCAUCGUACAUGGUGCUGAUGCUACAUCGGGCAGAUACGCUGGGAACUUCAAGAAUCCAUGGGGAGAGGACGAGUUUGCAACGUGUAGGCUACAGUACCCAAGUAGAGGGCAACGGGAAAAGUUCCAACUUAAGUGGCCUAGGACAGACAAGAAAGAGGACUACAAGCCGAUGGAGGACAUCAUCGAGUCUAUCGAUACAGUCUGUCAGCAUUACCUGCCCGAAGAGCUGUCUGCGAAGUACACAAACCCAGAGACGGGAUAUCGGCGACGCUUUAAUUUGGCGUGGCAGAAAGAAGACGUCGCGGAGUUUGUGGACAUUGUCAGCGAAUACAACAAGAUGUUGAAGGCGCUCGUCGAUAAUGGCACGAUCGAGACCGUACUUCGAAGUAGGAGCCAUCUACCCUUGGACUGGGUGCAGCGGAUACUGGACCAGACCUACUCGAGGACGGUAUCUCCAAUGGUCGAGAGACUUGUUAAGUACGAGGCCUUCAGCGAAAACGUCUACGGCGAACUCCUCCCCCGCUUCUGCAGCGACAUCUUCAAAAAGACCAAGCUCACGCAUGAGAUGAAGUUCGUGGACCUUGGGUCUGGAGUUGGCAAUGUCGUCUUGCAGGCUGCACUCGAGAUCGGCUGCGACAGUACCGGUAUCGAGGUCAUGCCCAAUCCUUGCGAAGCGGCCGAGCUACAGGAGAGGGAAUUUCCGGGCAGGACCAAGCUCUGGGGUCUUGCAGCUGGCAAAAUUCGAUUACUACAAGGCGACUUUCUCGAGCAUCCGGAAGUGCCGAACAUCCUUAAGGAAGCUGAUGUGGUGCUCGUCAACAAUCAGGCUUUCUCAUCAGACUUGAAUAGCAAACUGCUCAUGAAAUUUCUGGACCUGAAGGAAGGGUGUCAAGUGGUCAGUCUGAAGCCAUUUGUACCGGAUGGACACAAGAUGUCAGCGCGUAACAUUUACGAUCCUGUCAACCUUUUUGUUCAGCAGAAGUUUGAGUACUUUUCCGACAGUGUUAGCUGGGGUGCAGCGCAUGGAAAUUGGUACAUUGCAAGGAAGGAUCCCGGGCCAAUGAACAAUUUCAGAAGGCAGUACGGAUUGUAGGACGAUGCGACAGACGAUGAAAGCGCAUCCAUUUUAUGGAAAAGUGACAUUGGACAUGAUACCCAGUAGAGAAAGUCGCGUUCUUGCAUUCUGCUGUAGCGCUUGAAUUCCUGUACCAAAAGAGAUAUUAUACGAUAGCAUGAUGAAUUGACGCAUUGCGUACGCAACAUCAGAUUCAUUUUGCUGGUCUACAAUGUAUGUUCAUGAAGCGUUGAAAUGUGCGCUCCACAUCAAGUCAUGUCUCCGCAAAGUAAGCAGCCGAAACAGACAAGCGAUGGAGCUGUCCCCGUCUCGUAAGACGAGACCGUUCUUAAUAUUGCCAAUGCUGUCCACACCUCCUGCGCCUUGGGGUCGACCUCACGGCCUAUAGUGGCGGGAGGCUCUAGCUAAAUCAUGGCGUGUCUUGUUGACGAGGGAUUGAUGAAAAUCUGCAUACUGUACCGUGAAGGUCUGUCGCGAGCUCGACAGCUGGUCGGGCUGCGCCCGUGGCACCGUGAGCGAUGUAUUGCUCAUAUUCAUGGCUGGGCCGGACGCGGUGUGUCGCACUGCUGUCGCAUGGCGAGAAUUGUGGUCGAGAAGGAAG